GGUCUCGGAAGCUCGCUAUGCUAGCGCUAGCGCCUCACUUGACUUUAUAGGGGUGUCUUAUGGCAGGGCAGCAGUCGCCAGUCCUGAGAGUAAAACAGGUCGCGGAACUCUGUGGUCACUGUAUAACUACGAACUUUUUUCGCGACUCCGUUAAUGUUAAACUACAUUAGGUUAGUAAAUAUAAACGGUGCUAAAUUACUUAACCGCGGAGGACUGCCGGUAUUGUUCCGUUGCUACAAGUUUGCUCAGUCCAGCAGCCGUUCAGAAGCGACCACACCCUCCUUGCUUCCUGAUAGUACUGUAGUGGGAGCGCGCAGCUCUACUUUCAGUCGCUGGGAAUAACGGCCACUUCUUGUUGCUGCGCUGUUUGGAUUCGGUGUCGUGGACCUACAAAACAAGUGAUUUAUAUGUUCAGAGAACACUGGCUGGUAUGGAUAUGAAAAGUGAGCGCACACAGAGGAUAUGCGGGGCUACACACUCUCGAGUCCCGAGUUAAGACGCGGAGGAGGACGUGGAGGGCGGACUGACGGACGAUGCAUAUGGAGUCGAGAGGACCGGAGCAGUCGCUAUCUUAUAACCCAGCGCUCGGAUUGAAAAAGAAGAGGUUGAAAGUGGACUGAGAGGCUUCUUCUUCCUGGACAGUGGCAUUUUCGGUGAAUUUUACUCGGGAGGACCCGUGAAAUGAUGGUGUUGGAGGAUAACUCCAGUCCUUCCACUGACCAGAACAGCUUGCCGGGUGGUUCCCCGAUUGUAACCAGCAUGAGAACGCCACACUCGGUGGGAACAAGUCGGCCAAGAUCUCGGUGCUUUUUCUGGCUAUUUGCUGUGACGCGAAUGGCCACAAAAUGAUAUCCUGAAGUUAAAAAACAGAGAGAGCGAGAAAGAGAGAAAACUCAAAAGGCACCCGUUCAUUGCUGAGGUGACGUCUUCUUUGAAAGAAAAAAAAAAAAGCACCAAGGAAGGAAAUUUGACGUUUGCUGAUCAGCAGAGAUUCACUUUGGGAAUGUUCUUGAUGACAAGGGGCUUGUCAGUGUGUACUUUCCCGUUUAGAAGGCACCUUGGUGGCACUGCUGUUUGUGUGUUUUGUUUGUAUUUUUUAAUUUAGAAGCCUGUGAAUUCCUUUUCUCCACAACAAUCUGGGACUAUACUUAGAAUAGUGACUAUGUUGUUCAGGGCAUUUAAGUUAACAUUUCCAAAUAAGAGCGUAUAUCUUGUUACACUGAUUACUUUAAAGUUGUAGGGCUUUUUCUUGGGUGUUUUGUGUAAUAGAUUUACUAACAAACUACGGCAGAUAAUGCUGAGAAUAUAUUCACAUGUACUCCUAUUCUUAAGGCUUUUAUACAGACACAUAUGCGUUAACUAUUUGGGGUAAAUGUAGUAAUUGAGUUUUGCUCUUUCCGCAUGUUUACACUGAGCGUACGUGUCUUGUGUUUUAACAUGUAAUUUACAAUUAAUAACCUAAACUCUGAAGGAACUUAAGGAAGACUGUUUGGCCAGUUCUUAUUUAAAAGUUUAGUUUUAUUUGAGAAGUGUCUUAAACAGUAAAAUGCAUUGUAGCAGCAGAAAACGAGAUAUCUGAACCCUUAUAUAAGAGCCAUUUGACCCUCUCCCCCUUCCUCUGACUCCCUUCAUUAUUAUGGCUAGUGGUGGCUCUGGCAAAUCAGCAAGUGAGGGAUCAACCAGCACACCCGGUGGCAGUUUGCAGCAGAGGAAGCGGCUCUCCUUCAUCUGUGACACAUGUAAGGGCAAGAUGCAGCUCGUGGCUGACCUCCUCCUGCUGUCCAGUGAGACCAGGCCUGUCAUGACAUCUGAAGGUGUGGCUGUGGCUGACACCUUCGACCAGUGCCGUGACACGGUCAUUGCCCGCACUAAAGAGCUCUCCAUUCUCACCCAUGACAUCCAGAGCCAGCUCAACAUGGGUCGCUUCACGGAAGUAGGGGACCGCCUCCUGGAGAUGACUAACCUUGUGGUGUCUUUGACUGAGUGCUCAGCUCAUGCUGCCUACCUGGCAUCUGUGGAGACGCCUGGCUCUCAACAAUGCCUUCCGGGUCUGGUGGAUCGCUACAAGGUGACCCGCUGUCGACAUGAAGUAGAACAGAGCUGCAGCGUUUUCCGAGUCACUCACCUGCAAGACCUCACCCCACAGCUCCUCCUCGAGCUCUCUCAGAACAUCUCCACCAACCUCAAGACUCUAACGGACAUCUCAUCACUGGCCAGCGAGAGGUCCAGGGAUCGCUUUGCAAAAGAGCAGUUCAAGCUGAGCGUCAAGAGCAUGAGCACAAGUGGCACGGCCUUCCUGGCGUGUGUGAAGGAGGUGAAAACCCAGCCCAGUGAGCUGACCAGGAAUCGAUGCAUCCUCUUCAGUGCUGCUCUCGUCCAGGCUGUCGGCGCCCUUGUUGGGUUUGCUACAGAGCCACAGUUCCUGGGAAGAGCUGCGAGCAUCUCUGCCGAAGGAAAGGGGGUGCAAACGGCAGUGUUAGGUGGGGCCAUGAGUGUGGUUUCUGCCUGUGUCCUUCUCACUCAGGGCCUCAGGGAUGUUGCCCAGCAUCCCGAGAGCAGCUCCAAAAUGGCAGACUACCGUGAGCGUCUGCGUAACUCGGCGUGCGCCGUGUCCGAUGGUUGCACUCUGCUUACUCAGGCACUCAGAGAGCGCUCCUCUCCAAGGACUCUGCCACCAGUCAACUCCCAUUCUGUGAAUUAGUUUAGGAAGGGGCUAUGUAGGUUCAGUGUCUUGUUUCAUGUACCAAAGAGACUCACUUUGGGUUAAUCCCUAUUCAUCAGGUGUAGAGUAACAUCCGAAGAACACUGUGUGGGCCUGUUCUUGUGGUUAAAAUUUGUGUGUAGAAUGCAGAAAAGCACUAAAACAACCACUGCAGGGUUUUUGAGGUUGCGCUGGAUGUAACUUAACUUAAACCAUGCUCAAAACGGACCACUUCACCCACUCUGGGUAUGAACUGGGCUCAGCAGACAAUGUGCUUUCACCAACAGACAGCAGCUUUCAGACCUGAAAAGUUUACCUCAGUUUUCAGUUGCAGUGAAAACACCAGCCUCGAUGAUGGAUGUAGCCUCGCAGUAUGAACCUAUAGUUGGCUGACCUGCUCCAUUAUAUGGGCUUUGUGAGAUUGGAAAGAGUGAGCCGAGUGUCAAGAUGCUUUUAUUUUUUUUUCAGUGUGUGUGAAUUUUUUUAAAGCUGCUGUGAGUGUGUGCCCUAGGGUUUACACUAUCUACCAGACUUCCCCAUAUUAUUUUCAAGUGUUUUGACCAUGCAUGUAAUGGAGUAUUUAUUUCAUCUAUUAAAAAUGUUUCUUAUAUGCUGUUGUGGCUAAAAUGUUUUUGAAAAUCCGGCUAUUCACUUAAUCUAAAAAACCCAAACAUUUUCGGUUACUUUUUUGUGCAAGCUAUCUCUGUGAGAGCUGUAGACUGCAGCUUCUCAGUCUGUACAUUAUGAUCUCCAUUAGUGAUGAAACAGGAGGCAAGAGCAAGCUAGUAUGU